AUUUUUUUUAAUAAUUUUUUUAAUCCAUAUUAUUGCAUCUGAUAGUAUAAAUCUAUUCUUUUCUAUUCUUGUUCUUGAUAUGAUGUUCAAACAUGUAUGUUUUAUUUUUAUCUCUUCUUCUUCUUCUUCUUCUUUUUAAUUUGCAACUCUACUAGUGUUUUGAUCAGACUGCACUGAUAGUGUUUGAAAAUGAGCUCAAAGUUAGAGUUCCAAUUGAAAAUAGUGGUAUUUGUUGUGUGAUGAACUUCGUUGUUUUCAAUUGAAGAGACUUCUGAUGCUUUUAUUAUAUAUCGAUUGGUCAUUUGUCCAGAGUGGAUUCAAGCCCAACUUUGUAUUGAUUGAGACCUAAUUGAUUUGAUUUAUGUACUUGUUGUUACUUGAUUCUCGUUCUUGUGAAUGUACUAGAUAUCCUUAGGGUUGACUCAACCCCAUAAAAUCUAAUUUGUUUGAUUCCUCCUAUAAUCACUAUUCAGACCAUAUUAAUAUUCUUAAGAGUGUUAUAGCAAAAAGUUAAUUAUUGGUAUUAUAAUAGUUAUAUCACCAUUUAUUAUAAAUUGCUCAUUUAGUCAAUGUCUAUUUUUUGGAAGGUAACCCCACCCAAUUAGUCGUUACUCAAUUAUUUAGAUGGAAAUAAUUAGGUUAAGUUAGUUGGAGGGUUAGGCUGUGUUGUAUCUAACUAUGAAUGAUGUUUGCUAGUCAUUUGUGAGUGAAUUGAAGCCUUAGGGUAGGAAGUUGUAGACCCUCAAAGUUCUGCAGAGCUGUAAUCAAUGGGAUUUUUCCUACUUAUAAAUUGUCAGGUUGUAUAGUGUUGUCAAAUAACAUUGUAGUGGUUCUAUACGGAAGUUGAACAAAUCACUAUUGUUCCACGAUGCACUUUUCAAUUACAAAGUGUUGUCAAAUAACAGAUAUACACGCACUAUAGCAUUGUAGUGUAGCUGAAUUAGACAAAACCGCUAUUUUCCAUGAUCUACAAUUGACAACACUAAGUUUGUCUCAACCGGUGUCAUAGCUCCAAUCUUGGAGCUUUGGUGAUUAUUGUUUUUGAAAAUGAUUCCAACAUAGAAAGGAAGGUUAUUGGUUUCUGUUCAAUGUAGAUAAGUAUUUUGGGGACUUUGGAGCAAACUAAAGAAGAAGCUAUCAGGGGUUGUGAUGGAGUUGAUAGGGGACACUCUCAAAUGGUUGUUUUUCUAGAAUGGGAGCAACCAAAAUGAUACAUUGCAGACCUUCGACAUUUUUUAUGGAACACAUCUUAUAUAUCUAUCUUCGACAUUUUUUCCAUAAUUAGAUCCUAACUUUUUUAUUGGAAAUUCUUAACAACAUUACAAAGAUGCGUGUCACAUCUUAGCUCACAGCCUUUCAAAGUGUAGAUACCAUUAAUAGUCAUCAUGGAGCUAAGUUCUGUUAAAGAUGCUUUUGAUCGAGUUACUAAGAAGCAAAAGUUAUCCAGUUCUAAGGCUCAAGAGAUGAUUGACCAGGUCAGACAGGAAAUUGAGUCUGUUUUAGAUACUCUGCAGUCAGUCAUUAACACUGACCAUAUGCUAGAUUAUAAAACUGUCCUGAAUGACCUGAAAGCCAGUUUACUUAAAAAUGCUCCUCUUGGCCAACUGGAAAGUACACAGAAGGAGCUAAAUGUAGCACUCAGCAAGUAUGGGAAGCAUCUUGACAAAUAUUUCAACCCUGAUAUAUCCAAAGCUUACAGACACACCGACUUUGAUAUACGCACUUUAAGUCAAAUAAUUGCCAACCAUUUUUAUCGCCAGGGCCUUUUUGAUGUAGGGGACCAUUUUCUAAGUGCGGUUGGAGAGUCUGAAUCUGCUGCAGUUAUGAAAUCUCCAUUCUUAGAAAUGUAUCAAAUACUCCAAGCCAUGCAGAAUCAGAACUUGGAGCCAGCCCUCAACUGGGCUACAACAAAUUCUGACAAACUUGCUCAAAGUGGAUCUGACAUUGUGUUGAAGCUUCAUUCGAGGCAAUUCAUAAAAAUACUUCAAAAUGGAAGUAGAGAUGAUGCCCUUCAUUAUGCGAGAACUCACCUAACUUCUUUUGCUUCCAGUCAUAUUGCUGAUGUCCAGAAGCUUAUGGCUUGUCUUCUGUGGCAGGGAAAGCUUGAAAAGUCUCCAUAUCAUGAACUAACUUCCCAGUCUAACUGGGAUAGGUGUGCUGAGGAACUUAAAAGACAGUUCUGUAAUCUUUUGGGACAGUCAUAUAACAGUCCAUUGAGCGUGACGGUAGCAGCAGGGAUCCAGGUUUUGCCAGCACUCCUUAAGUUUAUGAAUGUCAUGGCAGGAAAGAAGCAGGAAAGGCAGUCUAUGAACCAGUUACCAGUGCCAAUUGAGAUGGACAAGGAAUUCCAGUUCCAUUCUAUUUUUGUUUGUCCUGUUUCGAAGGAACAAGCAAACGAGGAUAACCCUCCAAUGUUGAUGUCGUGUGGACAUGUCCUCUGUAAGCAGUCUAUCUUGAAAAUGUCCAAGAAUAGCACAAAAGUGUUUAAGUGCCCGUAUUGUCCUUUUGAUAUUGAUGCAGCACAGUGCAAGCAACUAUAUUUGUGAUUUUCAUGAAUUUGUAUCAAAACUCUCUUGUAUUAUCUGAAUUACUUGUUAGUAUAGGUGUACCUUUGUAUGGUGAUUGCAAAAGCCCAUGGCUAGUUGUGAUGUCUGUAUGUUUCAUAUACUUGUAAAUAGAAAUUCUUUUUAAUUCUGUAGUGAUUAAUUACCAGCAUUCAAGUGCGAAUAAGAUUAAUCCACAUAAAUAGGA